AUGAGUACGUCGACGCAAGAUGAAGCCACGAGCGUGGUGGCCCCCGCCGAGGUGGCCAGCGCCAUUCCGCCGCUCAUGCGGCGCCGAAGCUCCCUCGCCAUGAGCGGUUCGGGCGUCGUCCUCACCCGCCGCGACUCCCUCGUCCAGGGCCUCGUCGCCGACUUCCACAACUUGCAGGGCAAGCCCGAACAGCUCAACACCGAAUUGCCCGACUACUCCGUCCACGACGAGGUCUCCUUCCCGGGCGACAAGAAGUACUGGUACAAGGAGGCGGUCUUUUACGAGGUCUACGUCAGGGCGUUCUGCGACUCGAACGGAGACGGCCAUGGCGACCUGGUGGGCCUCACCUCCAAGCUCGACUACCUCCACUCCCUCGGCGUCGACUGCCUCUGGCUGUUGCCGAUCUAUCCGUCGCCGCUCAAGGACGACGGCUACGACGUGGCCAACUACGUCGACAUCCACCCCGACUACGGAAACCUCGCCGACUUCAAGACCUUUGUGAAUGCGGUGCACGAGCGUAGCAUGCGAGUCAUCGUCGACUUUGUGCCCAACCACACGUCGGCGGACCACAAGUGGUUCCAGAUGGCGCGGGAGGACCGCAACUCGCCCUACCGGGACUACUACGUGUGGACCGACGACCCCAAGAAGUACAACGAGGCCCGCAUCAUCUUUAUCGACACCGAAGAGUCCAACUGGACGUGGGACGAGAAGGCGGGACAGUACUACUGGCACCGAUUCUACUCCUCGCAGCCCGACCUUAACUUCGAGAAUCCCAAGGUGCAGCAGGAGAUGUUCGACGUGAUGAAGUUCUGGCUCGACAUCGGCGUCGACGGUUUCCGCGUCGAUGCCGUCCCCUACCUCUUCGAGGAGGAGGGCACGAAUUGCGAGAAUUUGCCACAGACGCACGUGUUCCUGAAGCGGAUGCGGAAGUGGCUGGACGACAACUACACGGGGCGGGUCAUCCUGGCCGAGGCCUGCCAGCCGCCCAUCGACGUCCGCAAGUACUUUGGCGACGAAGGCGACGAAUUCCACAUGGGGUUCCAUUUCCCGGUGAUGCCGCGCAUCUAUCUGUCGAUCCGGAGCGAGGAGAGCACCACCCUGCGCGACAUCCUGGCCGACACGCCCCUCAUCCCCGAAAACUGCCAGUGGGUCACCUUCCUCCGCAACCACGACGAGCUCACCCUCGAGAUGGUGACACCGGCGGAGCGUAAGUGGAUGUGGGAGCAGUACGCGCCGGAGCCCCGCAUGAAGAUCAACCUCGGCAUCAGGCGACGCCUCGCCCCGCUGAUGAACAACGACCGGCGCCAGAUCGAGCUGGCGUACAGCCUGCUGUUCACCCUGCCCGGCUCGCCCAUCCUCUACUACGGCGACGAGAUCGGCAUGGGCGACAACAUCUGGCUGCCCGAUCGCAACGGCGUGCGCACGCCGAUGCAGUGGAAGGCGAAGGAGCCCAACGGCGGCUUCUCCACCUCGACCAAGCUCUACGCCCCCGUCGUCAACGACGAGACCUUCGGCUACGACAUCGUCAACGUCGACUCCCAGUACGCCGAGCCGGGGUCGCUGUUCCAUGCGGUGAGCCACAUGGUGCGCACGCGCAAGAAGCACCCGUCGUUCGGUACGGGCACGCUGUACUGGAUCGACUGCGCGGAGAAGCGCGUGGCGGCCUACAUUCGCUCGACGUCGUUCGACAAAAUGCUGUGCGUGUCGAACCUCAGCUCGCGCCCGCUCGACGUCGCCAUCCCGCUGCCGGCCGGCGACACCCCGCCCGCGCCCGAGGCCGACAACCCGACCCACACCCACCCCCACGAGCUCGCCCUCGGCGGCACCCUUCUCAACGCGGAGAAUAACGAGGGGCUGACCUACUUUGUGGACAUCCUGACGUCGAUCCAGUACUCCGUGGUCGACGGCGUGCUCCAGGCGAGCCUCGCCCCCUACCAGUUCCUCUGGCUCAACAUCGCCCAGGCCUUCGACUUCUAA